AUGUACUGCUGUGUAUGUAGCCACUUUGAUCCGAAAGAGAAGGGGAUUCAAAGACUUGAGACGGAUCUUGCCAACCCAGUUGGUUGUGCACCCACGUGUAGUGAGUCCUUGCAGCAGUACAUCCCUGACCGCCCAACCCGGAGCCCGGAGUCGUCAAGGCAUCUUUGGCUACACCCGGUUGGUCGCCUCGUAGUCAGGUCAUUCUGGGACCUUCCGAUUGUGGACAGGCGACAGACAACCGGUGGUGCCGGAGAUGCCGACCUCGUGAAUGCGAGCUGUACUUUCAAGGAAGCUUUCACGCACCACUUUGCUGCAGCCAAACUCGUCGGAUUUUUCCGAUUUUAG